AUGUCGCCUCCGAACGGCUCACCGGCCCCGCUGGCGCAAUGGCACGCCGUGACGCCGCUCACACGGCCGCUGUCCAUUUCCAUUCUCGAACUCGCGCCGACAUCGGUUACGCUUGCUCUGACGCGUUCGCCUCCCACCCCGCCAAGUCUGAACCCGGCGCAGCACUUGGCACAGUCGCACGCGCACCACCACGCCCACUCCGGAUCAGCAUCCUCGUCACACAACGGCGGAGGAAGCAGCUCAAAGAACAAAAAGAAGAAGAAACGCAACGCUGCCUCUAAUCUGCAACAUUCCACCUCGAACGCCGCCGAUAGCGAAGACGGCGCCGAUGACGAUGGGGAUGAGAGCGGAUCACAGAGCGUCACAACAGGACCUUCCCCGCUCGCAUCUUUGCUCGGGGAAGGGCAGACGUUCAAGGACAUGCUCUCUCACGGCGUUGUUGUGACGCUUGAUGGCAUGCCGUGGUCGCGCAUAGUGGCACAUGUAAGCGACGACGAGGCGGACGGAGAGGGAACGACGGGACAGGGUGACGAGCAGGACGAGGAUGGAGAAUGGGAGGACGACUGGGAGCCGGCAGGCGGAACCGAUGCGGCCGCCGAUGAGGGCCAAGCCAAUACGACAUCCUCGGCACGACCGGCAGCCAGGCGAAGAAAGCGAAAGGGCCCUCAAGGCUCAAACGACAGCGGUCGCGUGCAUGUUCCCCGCCCAAUCCGAACCAAAGACACGCAAGACCGACCUCAACGAUGGGAUCGAGAACGUGCAGUCGUCGUUGUUUACGACCUCGACCCCUCGCAAGAGCACGAGAUCGAGCUCCAAAUUGUCGGACUCGCAGGGGAGAUCAAGGACAACGUCCCGGUCUCCAACUCGGUUCUGAUCCCACCAGCAUCGCCCUCCGCAGCCACUCUUCACCCGAGGUCACGCGCCAACUCCUUGCGUUCUCGAUCUCGGCCACGGUCGCGAUCUAACUCUGUCAACACGGCUGCCCCGACAGGCGCCGGGCCCUCACCGUUGGGAACGGAGGUGCCUGCCUCGCCAAACCGAUCUUCGACACCGAUCAACGACCAGCCAGUUGCUGUGACGUCCAUCCUUAGCCCACAUGAUGCGCAGAUUGCGCAGACUCGCCACCUCAUCACGGCUGCGCACGCUGAACGCGAACACCUGCAGAAUCAAAUCAAGGAGGCGCGCAAGACGGCGCAGCGAUCGGAAGCUGCUCUUCGAACGGACAUCGAGUCAAUGAAGAAGAGCAAUGAGAAGGCCGGUGCCAACGAUCAGCGCAAUAAGCAGAAGUACCUCGCCCUGCAGGAGCAAGUCAAGCAAGGAUGGGCUGGAGCCGAGGCCGCAAACAAGGAAGCGGACGACGUCAAGGCCAGCACGCCCGAGCUGGAGAAGAAGCUCGAGACCGUCACGAAGGAUCUCGAAUCAGUGCGUAAAGACUGGUCUACAGCUCAGGAGGAGGAGGAAGAGGCUAAGGAGGCCGAUAAGAAGAGCCGAGCGGAGGAGGACAAGAAGCUUGCCGACGUCACCAACAAGAUUGACAAGCUCAAGGUGAAGAAGGAGAAGAAGGAGGCCGAGCGCGCCGAGCUUCAGAAGCGAUUGGAUGAGCUAGAGAAGCAGCGCGAGGAGGUUGAGCGCAAGACGGAAGAGGAGCGCAACCUCCGUAAGCAGGGAUACUACCCUGGUGUUAACCGCUGGGAGCACGGCAGCGGAGACUUCAAUGCCUCGGGAGGGUUUGAGGGCGGUCGUCCCGGACCGGGAGGCUAUGGUGCCCCUCCCUUCCGACCUCGCGGUGGAUACCCCCGCUUCCCGUCGGGUGGCCGAGGUCAAGGCAAAGGCUUCUACGGUAACACUCCUCCGUCGCCCGCUUGGAACGCUCAGAUGGCGAAGCCGAACCGCCCGCCUGGAGGCACAGGCCCAAACCCGUCUGCCGCGCCGUUCAUGCCAUCUGGCAAUUUCAACACCAACGAUCCCUCGCUCCAUACUGCCCUCAUGCCGCCGCAGCUGCAGCACCGCAUCUACCUCCCCAACAGCGUGCGCCCGCGCCCCACCCCCAAUUUCCAUCCUCCUCCCAGUGUGUUAGCGGAGCAGGCGCAGCAGAACAGCAACCUACCUCCAGCGUCGACGAAGGCGGCUGGUUCGGGCGCAGCGUUCCCACCUCUCCCCACGACAGCGCCCCAGCGCCCGAACAGCGCUCAGCAAGGUCCGAGUCUCGCCUCGAUCGUCACGCGGGCCGUCCUUGCUCCCACCAGUACGCUUGCAUCGCCCGCGCAGAGUGGCACCCCAGCCAGCCCGACCGCCUCGAGCCCCGCGCCUGGCAGUAGCGGUAAGAGCUCCGUAUCCCCCAAACUGUCACACCCGCAAUUCCAGCAGCAGAGAGGCGAGUUCCCGCCGUUGUCUCCCUCAGCACCAGCUUUCACGUCUCCCAAUGUUCCGAAUGGGCGGACGUCGUCGCCUCCGCGGACGUCGCCAGGCUCCGGUUGGGGUGCUGUAGGUACGCCCCCGGCGGCUACGGAGUAG